UCCAUUCACUUUGUACACAAAUGUGCGUACACAAAUCUAUGAGUGGUUUCCAAAACAACGAUUUGGCCUCUAUUUUAAAAGAAAUUCAAAUCUAUUGUCUACAAAACGAGAUUGAUCUAAAGUCACUAUGGGGAAAAAGAUUGCAAUCAUCGGUGCUGGAGCGAGUGGACUGGCGGCAAUCAAAUGUUGUCUGGAUGAGGGCCUUGAACCAGUAUGUUUUGACAAAGCAGAUGAUAUCGGAGGACUGUGGUACUAUCGGGAAGAGCGGGAGGACCAAGGCUGUGUGUAUGAGUCAACGGUCAUCAACACGAGCAAAGAGGUUAUGUGCUUUAGUGAUUUCCCCAUUCCAGAUGACUUCCCAAACUUCAUGCACAACAGACUUGUGCUAAAGUACUACCGUCUCUUCUGUGACCGUUUUGAUCUUCGAAAGUACAUCCACUUUCAUACUAAAGUAGAUUCUGCUGUCUUUGCUGAUGACUUCAAGGAAACAGGACAAUGGAAAGUUACAACAACCCAUCAAGAAACUUGCAAGUCAAUGACUGAGAUCUAUGAUGCUGUUCUUGUAUGCACAGGACACCACUGUACGCCAUACACGCCAGAUUUUGAAGGGUUGAAGGAGUUCAAAGGUCAGGUUCUUCAUACGCAUGAUUACUUGAAGCCGGAUGGGUUUGCCAAGAAACGAAUCAUGGUAAUUGGAGUGGGUAACUCUGGAUGUGAUGCUGCUGUGGAGCUUAGUAGGUGUGCAUCCCAGGUCUAUCUGAGCACAAGACGAGGAACAUGGAUCAUCCAUCGUUUGGCAGAAGGUGGAAUGCCAGUUGAUAUCUUAGCUAUUCGAAGAAUGGUAGACCUCCUCCCAGAUUUCAUCAAAAAUAUAGGAAUGAAGAAUUCAUUGCAGAGACGUGUCAACCACAAGUUUCUUGGAAUCCAACCCAACCACUCUCCAUUAUCUCAGCAUCCCACAGUCAAUGACUUCCUUCCUAACUGCAUCAUGAACGGAUCAAUCAUCGUCAAACCAGACGUCAAGCGCUUCACAUCAACUGGUGUCGUGUUCCAAGAUGGAACCACUGAAGAUCUUGAUGUUGUCAUCCUUGGAACUGGGUACAUCUUUAGAUUCCCUUUCCUUGAAGAUUCUGUGAUCAAAGUAGAGCAGAAUAAGCUACCGCUCUACAAGUAUGUGUUUCCAGUUAACCUUCAGCAUCCCACCAUUGCGUUUUUAGGGUACAUCCAACCAUUAGGUGCCAUCAAUCCCAUAUCUGAGCUCCAAGCCAGAUGGGCUACAAGAGUGUUCAAAGGUCUUACAAAGCUACCUUCAUCAGACCAAAUGAAAGCUGACAUGAUGAGUAAAGAAGAAGCCAUGGCUAAACGUUAUAUCUCCUCCCAACGUCAUACCAUCCAAGUUGAUUUCAUCAAAUACAUGGAUGAUGUUGCUCUAGAGUUUGGAGUAAAGCCAGAUUUUUGGAAGAUGUUGCUCUCCGAUCCUGUCCUGGCUUUGAAGUGCGUUUGUGGUCCAUACACACCGUAUCAAUACCGUCUAGUUGGACCGGGUCAAUGGAGCGGCGCCCGCGAUGCUAUCAUCGGGAUCUGGAAUCGGAUCAACAAACCGCUUCAGACAAGGAAGUCACAGGAUACAAGUGAUAGUUUCUUAAGUAGCUGGAUGUUAUGGAUGGUCCUUGUAUCUGUUGCCCUCUACUUUUAUUUGUUUUGAGAUGUAUUCAUGCUAAUCGUCUUUUUGUCUUUUGAAGUUGGAAAAAUGAGAUAG